ACUCUGAUUUGUGGGGGAAAUAAAAAUGACGACUACCGGCUGCGAUGAAGUUUCUCCGCGGACAGAGAUCGUUCUUCUGGGUAGUGUUGAAACCAUGUUGGAGAAAAUCUACGGGAAACACAAUCAUCAUCCUCCGAUAAAAGUGGAGACAAGACGGAAACUUUCUUCGAUUUCUGAGGAAUUGGCUUUGGAAACACUCAGGAAAGUUCUCAAUAUGGACUAUGUGAAGACCCUCGAUGGGAUAAUCAUGUAUUUUGUUAACAAUGCGGCCACUGUUGAUGGCUCUCCUAGAACUCCUGGGAAAAAAAGUUGUAGGCUUUUUCAAGCAGAUGUGUCUCUUGAUUUGGAGACUCCAUCUCCUAAGUUCUUGAGAAGAGAAGAAAAUGGAGGAUCUAAGCACAUUUCUCCGCUAUUAGCUCUUGGUGAACUUGAAUUCAACAAGGCUUUUCUGUUGCUUAGCUAUAUUGGAGGGGAAUCCCUGGUUGAGGAGGUUAUAUCUGGUGAUGAGAUCAGAAAAUGGAAGGAUUUGCCAAUGGUUGAAUAUGAAGCAGAGGUUUGGAACCGGUUGGGACAGCGUUAUUGUCCCCCAAAGGAGCGAAGAAGGCCACUUGAAGGGGAUAGUGGGAAGACUCAUUACUAUCAAUGUCAUGUUGCUCCCGAUGGUAGUUACAAAUUCAAGGGUCAUCUUCUGGAGAAUACUGGAACACUCCUGCACAAGGUUUUGGGUGAUGAUAACGUUUUAACCGUCAAAUUCGAUAAAAUGUUAGGCGUGGAAACCUAUUGUAAUGACCUUUACUCUACAUACAAAGGGAUUGCUAAGAAUGGUAUCAUGGUUGGGUUACGCCGUUAUCGAUUUUUUGUUUUCAAAGAUGGAGGGAAAGAAGAGAAGAAGAAAGAUGUUGCUACAAAGGGAGUGAAAUGCUACUUUAUACGCACAGACUCGACAGCUUCAAAUGAUAUGCGAAACCCCUAUAUCUUCUCCGGAAAGUCAAUGCAUGAAGCACGUAUGCAUUUUAUGCAUGUGAAUACUUUGUCAUCUUUGCCCAACUAUAUGGCAAGGUUUUCUUUAAUUCUGUCAAAGACUAAAACGCUUGAAGUUGAUAUGACUGGAAUUACCUUCGAGCAAAUCGCUGAUAUACACUGCCAUGAUCAAGAUGGUAAGGAUGUUCUUGACAAGAAUGGGAAACCUUGUAUACAUUCAGAUGGAACUGGCUACAUCUCUGAGGACCUUGCUCGAAUGUGUCCAGUUAAUAUUUUUAAAGGGAAAUCUAUGAGAAGAAACAAUAUUCAGAGUAAGAUUCCAAAUUUUGAAGGACAGGGACCAUGUGGCCAAGAGCCGCCUCUGCUGAUCCAGUUUCGGAUGUUUUAUAAUGGCUAUGCUGUUAAGGGAACUUUUCUCACAAACAAGAAACUUCCUCCUCGGACUGUCCAGGUUCGGCCUUCUAUGAUCAAGGUGACUGAAGAUCGAACCAUGUCAAAUUUUAGUACCUUUAACUCCCUGGAGGUAGUCACUACAAGUAAUCCACCAAGAAAUGCGAGGCUAUCAAGAAAUUUGGUCGCGCUGCUUAGUUAUGGAGGAGUCCCUAAUGACUUCUUUUUGAAUAUAUUGCGCAACACAUUGGAAGAGUCCAAAACCAUAUUCUACAGUGAACGUGCUGCGUUUAAAGCUGCCAUUAAUUAUGGGGAUUUGGACGACCAGGACAUUGCAGAAAUGAUCUUGGUUGGUAUCCCCCUUGAUGAACCAUACUUGAAGGAUUGUCUGUGUUAUCUCUUAAAUACAGAGAGGAAUGCUCUCAAAGCAGGAAGGCUUCCUAUUGACGAAUCAUACUAUCUCAUGGGCACAGUGGAUCCCACCGGGAAGCUUAAGGAAAAUGAAGUCUGUGUCAUCCUCGAGUCUGGCCAAAUUUCCGGUGAUGUGUUAGUUUACAGAAAUCCUGGAUUACAUUUUGGAGACAUACAUGUACUUAAGGCUACAUAUGUUAAGGCCUUAGAAGACUAUGUCGGAAAUUCCAAGUAUGCUGUGUUCUUCCCUCAGAAAGGUCCGAGAUCCUUGGGUGAUGAGAUUGCUGGUGGUGACUUUGAUGGCGAUAUGUAUUUCAUAUCCAGAAAUCCCAAGCUACUGGAAUACUUCAAGCCAAGUGAACCAUGGGUGAGUUCUUCUAAACCUAGUAAAAUUUACUCUGGAAGAAAGCCAAGUGAACUAUCACAAGAAGAGUUGGAAGAAGAGCUUUUCAAAAUGUUCUUAAAAGCAAGAUUUUGUAAGAGAGACGUUAUAGGGAUGGCUGCAGAUUGCUGGCUAGGAAUAAUGGACCCUCUCCUCACCUUAGGAGAUGAGAGUGCUAAGGAAAAAUAUGAAAGGAAGAAGAAUAUUCUUAAGUUGAUUGAUAUAUACUAUGAUGCUCUUGAUGCACCAAAAAAGGGGGCUAAGGUUGAUCUCCCACCCGACCUAGAGAUCAAAAAUUUUCCACAUUACAUGGAGCGUGACCCUAAGAGAGAUUUCAGGUCGACUUCUAUUCUUGGAUUAAUCUUUGACACUGUGGAUUCUCAUAAUGCAGAGGAACCCCCACCAUCUGAAAUCAGUAAACUCUGGUAUUUUGAAGAUGAACCGGUCCCUAAGUCUCACAUGGAUAAAUUUACAUCCUGGUACGAGAAUUAUAGAGCUGAAAUGUCCCAAGCGAUGAAGGAAACUGAUAAGGUUAAGAAGAAGCAAUUAACCAAUGAAGUUAUCCAGAGAUACAAGCAGGAUUUCUAUGGCGCUGCAGGGUUUGAAGACAGCAACAAAAGUCUGGAAGAACUCUACCCCCAAGCCUUGGCACUCUACAACAUCGUUUAUGAUUAUGCCUUUCAGGAAGGUGUUUCGAAAUGCGCGUUUGUCUGGAAGAUGGAGAAAGUGACCAACUCGGAUUUGAAAUCCUCUGUUGAUGGUGGCGUUGUUGAUGUGUAUGGAGAAGAUUCAGCCACCAUUGAGCACAACAUAACUCCUUGGUCUCUCUCUGUUUCUAGUGGAUAUUCAUUGCUGAGAGAUCCUCGCUACAACAAAGGACUUGCUUUCACUGAGAAAGAGAGAGACACGCACUACUUGCGUGGUCUUCUUCCUCCAGUUGUUCUUGAUCAAAAGCUUCAGGAGAAGAGGCUGAUGAAUAAUAUCCGACAAUAUCAAUUUUCAUUACAAAAGUACAUGGCUCUGACAGAACUUCAGGAAAGAAACGAGAGACUGUUUUACAAGCUAUUGAUAGAUAAUGUUGAGGAGCUUCUUCCUAUUGUUUAUACUCCAACUGUUGGUGAAGCUUGUCAGAAAUUUGGAAGUAUUUUCAGGCGACCGCAGGGAUUAUUCAUCAGUUUAAAAGACAAGGGAAAGAUUCUAGAUGUGUUAAAGAACUGGCCUGAAAGGAAUAUACAAGUUAUUGUCGUUACUGAUGGUGAAAGGAUUUUGGGAUUAGGAGACCUUGGAUGUCAGGGGAUGGGUAUACCGGUUGGUAAAUUGGCGUUAUAUUCAGCACUUGGAGGUGUUCGUCCUUCAGCGUGUUUACCUGUCACCAUUGAUGUGGGAACAAACAAUGAGAAACUGUUGAAUGAUGAGUUCUACAUAGGACUCAGGCAAAAGAGAGCAACGGGACAGGAAUAUAGCGAACUCUUGAAUGAAUUCAUGAGUGCUGUGAAACAGAACUAUGGCGAAAAAGUUCUUAUUCAGUUUGAAGAUUUUGCUAAUCAUAAUGCCUUUGAGUUACUUGCAAAAUACCGCGAUACUCAUCUCGUCUUCAACGAUGAUAUACAGGGGACAGCAUCAGUUGUUUUAGCGGGAUUAGUUUCCGCACAGAAGUUAACGAAUAGUCCUCUUGCAGAGCACACCUUCCUCUUUCUUGGUGCUGGUGAAGCUGGAACUGGAAUAGCAGAACUCAUAGCUCUCUAUAUAUCAAAACAGAUGAAUGGUUCAGUAGAGGAAAGCCGCAAGAAAAUUUGGCUUGUUGAUUCCAAGGGACUGAUUGUUAACUCCCGUAAAGAUUCACUUCAAGACUUCAAGAAACCAUGGGCUCAUGAACAUGAACCAGUCAAAGACCUCUUAGGUGCUAUCAAGGCAAUAAAACCGACUGUUCUGAUUGGAUCGUCUGGCGUUGGACGGUCUUUUACAAAAGAAGUGAUAGAAGCCAUGUCCUCCAUUAAUGAGAGACCACUGAUAAUGGCUCUCUCUAACCCGACAACACAAUCAGAAUGUACAGCUGAAGAAGCUUAUACUUGGAGUAAGGGUCGUGCCAUUUUCGCAAGUGGAAGUCCUUUUGAUCCAGUUGAGUAUGAAGGAAAUGUGUUUGUAUCGACACAGGCGAACAAUGCGUACAUAUUUCCGGGGUUCGGACUUGGUUUGGUUAUCUCAGGAGCAAUACGGGUACAUGAUGAUAUGCUUCUUGCUGCUGCUGAGGCAUUAGCUGGACAAGUAAGCAAAGAGAACUAUGAGAAAGGAAUGAUAUAUCCUUCAUUCUCUGCCAUCCGGAAGAUAUCAGCUCAUAUUGCAGCCAAUGUAGCAACUAAGGCAUAUGAACUAGGUCUGGCUGGGCGGCUUCCACGGCCGAAAGAUAUUGUCAAGUGUGCAGAGAGUAGCAUGUACAGCCCCACCUACCGUCUAUACCGUUGAAAGUUGAAAAUCAAGAGUCUACUUUGUGUGCUUCUCAUCCCUUGUUCAGUUAUUCCCAAGUUUUUCUAUAAUUUCCAGUAAUAAAUUAGUCUUUCAAGU